AUUGCUAAAUUUGGACCGAAUGUUAUGAAUGAUUGACGUGGUACGCCCCUCAUCACUACUUUAGUGGACCAAAACAUAUUUUAUGCAAUCUUCGUGUCCGUCUGGAGUCGUCUCGUGCAUGUUGAAGCUUCUCGGGCUAGCUUAGCUUGCUAACUAACUAACAAACAAAGAGACCCGUUUUCGAUCGUGUAGCAGAGAUCAAGCGUACAGUGAAGUUCUUCUUUCCGCUACCAACUCAGCGGAAAGUGGUGUGAUCGCUCUGUGUAAAAUGUGUGCAAGAACCACAGCAGAGUACCAAGAGGAACUUUGGGGCCCAAAAGAGGAGAAGAAGCCACAACGUCAACUGCUGGAUGCUGUGUUCAAUCUGCGGCCUCAAAAUGUGCUACUCAGACCAGACAUCAGUGAAAAUCUUCAUCCAGACUGGCAGCAGUCAGUGUCCUGUCACAUCAAAGAGGAAGGAGAAGAUGAAGAGGUUCAGCGUAUUAAAGAGGAGGAGGAAGAGGUCGUACACAUGAAAGAGGAAGAGCAGGAGGAAAUCAUCCAGGUUCCAGUCACUGGUGUCCAGUUGAAGAGUGAAGAUGAAGGUCAAACUGAGGAGAGACGAGGAGCGGAGCCUCCAAGCAGGAACAGCUCAAGUGAUGGAGACCUUUGUGAAAGAUCACAAACAGACCGUCAUGAUGAUGAUGAACAAUCGGAAGAUGUCAGUGAGUAUCUUCAUCCAGAGCGACAGGAGUCCGGUCACAUCAAAGAGGAGGUUGAAGAGGUUCAGGGUAUCAAAGAGAAGGAGAAAGAGAUCAUACAUAUGAAAGAAGAAGAGCAGGAGGAAAUCAUCCAGGUUCCAGCCACUGGUGUCCAUUUGAAGAGUGAAGAUGAAGGUCAAAGUGAGGAGAGGCGAGGGGCGGAGCCUCCAGAAUCAGAAUCAGGUUUACUGGCCAAGUGUGUAAAAACACACAGGGAAUUUUUCUCCGGCAGUCAGUGCAGCCCUGGUAUGACAUUCAGGACAACCAGGAACAACUCAAGUGACGGAGACCACUGUGGAGGAUCACAAACAGACGAUGAUGAUGAUGAUAAUGAUGAUGAACAAUCAGAACGUGAUAUGACAUGUCACACUACCAACAAAUGCUGGAAAUGUUCUUGGUGUGGGAAAACUUUUGCUUCUAUAAGGAAUUUCAAACAACAUGUGAAAAUACACACAGGUGAGAAGCCUUUUCCAUGCUCAGUUUGUGGUCAAAGAUUUACUUUGAAGGCAAAUUUUAAAAUACACACAAGGACACACACUGGAGAACAACCGUUUUCCUGCUUAGUUUGUGAUAAAAGAUUCACUGAGAAUGGAAGUUUAAAAAGACACACAAGAACACACACUGAUGUGAAACCUUUUUCAUGUCCAGUUUGUGAUAAAAGAUUCACUGAGAAGAGAAAAUUAAAAAUACACUCAAGAACACACACUGGUGAGAAACCUUUUUCAUGUCCAGUUUGUGAUAAAAGAUUCAGCCAGAAGGGACACUUAAAAAGACACACAAGAACACACACUGGUGAGAAAUAUUUUUCAUGUCCAGUUUGUGAUAAAAGAUUCCCUGAGAAGGGAUGUUUAAAAAGACACACAAGAACACACACUGGUGAGAAAUGUUUUUCAUGUCCAGUAUGUGAUAAAAGAUUCACUGAGAAGGGAAAUUUAAAAAGACACACAAGAACACACACUGGUGAGAAACGUUUUUCAUGUUCAAUGUGUGAUAAAAGAUUCACUGAGAAGGGAAAUUUAAAAAGACACACAAGAACACACACUGGUGAAAAACCUUUUUCCUGCUUACUUUGUGGUCAAAGAUUCACAGGGAAGAGAGAUUUAAAAAGACACACAAGAACACACCCUGGUGAGAAACCUUUUUCAUGUCCAGUUUGUGAUAAACGUUUCAGCCACAAGGGACACUUAAAAAGACACUCAAGAACACACACUGGUGAGAAACCUUUUUCAUGUCCAGUUUGUGAUAAAAGAUUCACCGAGAUUGGAAGUUUAAAAAGACACACAAGAACACACACAACCACCGUCCCAUCCACACCCCAGGAAUUUUCAUUUAUGUGUAUCUGGGUACCACAAUUAAUGAAAUAUGUAAAUAAUAUUUAUACUUUACAUAUUUGAGACUAACAUUACAGCAGUACAUGCAUUUACUCAAAUCUUUGUCAGGUUUAUCACCUGACUUCUGGAAUAAUGUGCAGAAAAUACAAGGACAAGGAGAGUCUGUCUCAUGAGGAGAACAUGAGAGACAAGACAGUAACAGUCUCCAACCCUGUUCUGAAUCAGCAUUUUGUGUUUUUUCUUUUUUAAAUUUCAAGAGCGCACAAGGUCAAGGGGGAGGGGUGAGCAAGCAAGUUAACAAAAGCACAUUCUUAAAUAACGAUGUGUGUGUGUGUUUGUGAACUUGUCCUUGGCCACUUCUCGGGCGACCAGGAGUCGGCUUGUGCACCUGUGUGGGGACUGUGCAUCUUGAAUAUGCAAAAAAUCUUCAAAGCAAGGAUAAUACUUUGGCUUUGUAGCAAAUCCAUAAUAAAUACAUUGGCAAUAAUUGUAACAAUCUUUUAUUAUAAAACCUUUGUUAAUCUUUCCUGCAACCGUCGCCAACUGUGGUUGGGAAUCUCUCGCUCUCUCUCGACUACAGACUACUGCUUUAUAGUCAGUAACCUCCUUCAGAUUACAUCAUCUGCACAAAAUAUAAUCCACCUGCGUAUCUUCAGGAAUUUUCAAGGAAGUCUACUUUGAUCUCUUUUCAACUCAAGGUCACAUCAUACUUGUACGGCAUAUUCGCUAAUCCCAUUAUACACAAUACCCUCAGUUUCAAAUUUCAGCCUCGUCACUCGAUCUGAUACUCUUUUCACCUCUAAGACAUUCUUAACCAGCUGUUCCUUUAAAUUAACCCCUACUCCAUUUCUGUUCCCAUCUACUCCAUGGUAAAAUAAUUUCAACCCUGCUCCUAAACUUCUAGCCUUACUCCCUUUCCACUUGGUCUCUUGGAAAUGAUUGACUUUAUUGACCGAGAACCAAUUUUCUUGUAUUCUGUGUAGCAGCUAUUAUUGUAUCUUCGACCCAUAACAAAGGUCUCUUGUCCCGAAACAGCGGUUGAUCAGAUUUGAUCUUAUCUGAUUCGUAUAAGCAAAAAUAUCAGGCUAAUCAUAAUAUUUUCACGUUAUUGAGAUGUCUUGAGUAGAAAUGUCUGCUUAUGUUUUGAUGAUGACUGACAUUUUUGUGACACGAAGCCACAUUUAUUGGGCGGGCCUUGCAAGGAAGUGAUACCCUGCCGUGUUUGUCAUUUUUAGGAUGACGUCCUGUUCCAUCCCAAUCCAUCAAUUGUUUUGUUGUUUUUUAUGCACAAUAAAUUUGUGAGGGAACAUAAUUUUGGGGUACUAGCUAUUUUUUAUGUUACGUUACAAUAUACGACAACAAUGUAAGAUAGAGUACCAACUUGGACAAAGUGGUGUUCAUAGACGUUUUAAUGGUGGUUUUUGUUGAUGAAAAGGGGGCAUUCCAAAGACAAUUAGUUCACCAAUUGCUCCUUCUUCUUCUUCUUCUUUUCCUUUCGGCUUGUCCCGUUAGGGGUCGCCACAGCGUGUCAUCUUUUGCCAUCUUAGCCUAUCUCCUGCAUCUUCCUCUCUAACCCCAACUGCCCUCAUGUCUUCCCUCACCACAUCCAUAAACCUUCUCUUUGGUCUUCCUCUCGCUCUUUUGCCUGGGAGCGCCAUCCUCAGCAUCCUUCUACCAAUAUACUCACUCUCUCGCCUCUGAACAUGUCCAAACCAUCGAAGUCUGCUCUCUGGAAUCUUGUCUCCAAAACAUCCAGCUUUGGCCGUCCCUCGAAUGAGCUCAUUUCUAAUCCUAUCCAACCUGGUCACUCCGAGCGAGAACCUCAACAUCUUCAUUUCUGCCACUUCCAGUUCAGCUUCCUGUUGUUUCUUCAGUGCCACCGUCUCUAAUCCGUACAUCAUGGCCGGCCUCACCACUGUUUUGUAAACUUUGCCCUUCAUCCUAGCAGACACUCUUCUGUCACAUAACACACCAGACACCUUUCGCCAGCUGUUCCAACCUGCUUGGACCCGUUUCUUCACUUCCUGACCACACUCUCCAUUGCUCUGUAUUGUUGA